AUGAAUGAGUUGGAGGACCAAGAGUACAGCUACAAAAGAGAGUUCUCUGAAGGGUCUCUUGUUCCUUUACACCACACCCAUGAAAGUCCUAGAAUGGCAAAUCUCAUCGGUCAUGGGAUGCAUUCAGUACUGGGAUACUCCAGGAUGGAAGAAUCCCUGCGGGAGGAUGACUACCCCACUUACAGGAUUCUUCAUCCACUAACAUGUGAUCCUUUGCCUCCAGUAGCCCACUUUAGCUCAGCGUCCUAUCCUGAAUAUUUAGUGGCUCAGUCUAACCAUUAUCAGCAUGUACUAGGCCAACCGUACAGCUCCUGGCCAUCCCAGGAGGCUUUUCAUUACGCCAUGUCAUCAGGAGCUGUCACCAGUAUCAGCUCUGAUGGUGCAGAUGUUUACAGUCUGGAGGGUUAUUCUACACAUCAAGGAUUUAGACAUCAUGAUAGAAUUCAGCCCCAUGCUCUUCUUGUGUCGCCUCAUGACCAGAAGCUUCCAGCUGAGACGUCCAAUAUUUUUCAGAUGUUACAGCCAGUGCAGGUUGUGUGUGAUGUGACCGGUGGAGGGCAGGUCGUCGUGCUGAACCAUUGCAGUCCCAUUCAGAUUCACAGACUUCAUCAGGCGCUUUGCCCUUCUCAGAUUGUAGAACAGGAAGAGGAGGGGCAGACCAAAGGACAUAGACGUGUGAAGUGGGAAAAAUCAAAGCGACCUUGCAACUGCACAAAAUCUCAGUGUCUGAAACUUUAUUGUGAAUGUUUUGCGAACGGAGAUGUUUGCAACAACUGCAAAUGCUUAAACUGCUACAAUAAUACUGAACAUUACUUGGAGAGAUUCCAGGCUAUAAAGGCCUGUCUGGACAGGAAUCCAGGGGCUUUUCGGCCUAAGAUUGGCAGUAGGAAACAGGGGAAUGUGAAGGGAUGUCACACAAAAGGCUGCAACUGCAAGCAUUCAGGUUGCCUAAAGAACUACUGCGAGUGUUAUGAGUGUAAAGUGGUAAAAUAAUGCACGUCCACCUGCAAGUGUGUGGGCUGCCGAAACUAUGAGGAAAGCCCUUCGAAGAAGAGCUUUGAGCAGGACAGGCCAGACUCCAGCAUCUACUACCUGAUCAGGAGUCCUCUGGUGUGCAUCACGCCUGAUGUCGUGGAAGCCACAUGCGGCUGUCUCCUCGUCCAGGCUGAAGAGGCUGAGAAGGAAGGAUAUCAAGAAUGUGGAUUUUAUGGACGUGCACAGUGAUAUUUUUACUGAUGAGGGAG